UAUUUACAAGUGUAGCUUCAUCUCUUCCGUGAUACACGUGUUUGUUUAGUUGUUUUUUUGUCUGUACAUGAUAACUGUACCCGAGGUGUUAAGCCAUGCAAUAGAUGUCUGAAUGCCAGUUUUAAGUAUGGAUUAUUUACUUCCAACAUUGAUCGUGCUGUAUUGGACAAUAUCAAUUGCUCAUGGACAUAAACAAAAAAGUUGUUCUUCCGAGAAAAGAUGCAAAUGCAUUCAACUUGCUGAUCAAACCUGGAAAGCUAUUUGCUCGGGUUUAGCCCUAUAUCAAUUCCCAACAUUCCAAGAAGAUGUUUCGGAGAUAAACCUCAACAAUAAUUCCAUUCGUCAUUGGAAUGCGACUCGCCAAUUUCCAUUCUACCUCCGAGAGCUUUCGAUGCAGAAAAACACCUUAUUCUUCUAUGGUAUUUCAGAUCUUUCUUUCAUUAAAGAUCUUGUCAAUCUUAGAGUUUUGGACGUUUCCGAUAAUGUGGAUUAUGAACGGGACAUGGGAUACCCUGCAAAAGACUUUCGGCUUCUAAAAGAUCUGACAGCACUGUACAUUGAUGGACUAAGGCUUGGAAAUUUCAAUGCCAACGAAUGGAAUUUAACUAGUUUAACCAAUCUUACCAUUGUUGACCAUUGCUUCUUUGUUAGACUCGACGAAGGUUUUUUCAGCGGGUUGCAAAAUCUAGAAUAUUUGGUGAUUAAUGGUUGUCCCUUGUUAAAGACAAUCGACGAGGGCGUGUUUAGUUGGCUCCCCUUUUUGCAUACCUUGGACUUAUCCUUCAAUGAACACCUGAAGUUCGCUCCCUUUAAAAACGUGUCUCUCGAUUUGCAAUCUACCAAAAUUCAAAUUCUGAAGGCCAAGAAAGUGCAUUGUACUUUUGGUAUAGGAAAUCUCUUGCGAAGAGAUCAUAUUAUAAACUUUCAGAACACCUCUAUCACUGAAUUGGACUUGUCAAGCAAUCGUAUAGAGAUGAUGGAGAAGGAUGUUCCCAAAUAUCUACCUUCUAAUCUUACAAUACUAAACGUGUCGGACAAUCAGUUUACCUGGGGACUGUACAUGUUAUCUUACACGUUUCUGAGAAAUCUUCGAAUCGCAGAUGUCAGUUUACAGUAUUCCUACAGUUUUAAAAAUAUAAAUGAGAUGGGCUGUGAAAAUUCUUUAGACUGUGGCGACACGACGUCCGAAUCGUUAUUAUUUUCUGAAGAUGCCUCAAACCACCACCAAGCAUCCUUAUCCAGAAAAAUUAAUAUUUCUGUGUAUGUACCCUGCAAACUCGAAAAGAUAUUUUUUCAUUCAAGCAAGUUUUAUUUCAACAUAGGAGAAGUUCAUGUCAGGCAUAAUCAUAUCAAGGAAUAUCAUGUGAAGAACAAUUUUUUCUACAGUUUAAUUGGGCCUAUGUAUGGAAUGGAAUAUGCAGAGUAUGUAGAUUUCUCUAGAAAUUUCGUGAAAAACAUCUCUAAAUCUUUCUUUGACACUUUUCCAAAUCUUACGUAUUUAGAUUUGAGUAAAAAUUUAUUAGGAAACUGUUUAAACGAGAACGUUCAAUAUGACCACUUUAAGUCCCUACAAAAACUCGUAGAAAUAAGACUUUCAUCGAACGAAAUAUCAACGCUUCCGAGCAAACUACUUUCAAAUGCUGUCUCUUUGGAGAUAUUGGACUUAAGCUACAACCUGAUAUCAAAUUUUACUUUCACAUUAAGCGUCAAGAGUCCACUAAAAAUUCUCGAUCUAUCGAACAACCGACUGCGGGAAAUUUCUCGGGAAAAUAUCAACAGUCUGGAGGACAAACACAGGCGCUUCAACCUAACAUUGGAUCUCUCGGGCAAUCUGCUAGACUGUACCUGUGACACAAUUCCUUUCAUACAUUGGAUCAGAGAUUCGGAAAUAAAUUUCCCAAAUAAAAACUCUUAUCAGUGCAAAAUGUCUCACAACAGAAAGCGUACUUUCAGCGAACUAACCAGUAUAUUGAAUGAACUUGGAAAUGAAUGCUCCUCCAACGCAGCGUCGAUGACAAUCGGGAUAACGAUGACCGUGAUGGCAGUUAUAAUCGUCGGUAUAACCACCCUACUUUAUAGAUUUCGAUGGACUAUUCGAUAUUUUUUCUAUCUUACCAAAUGGGAAUUUCAAGAAAUUAUCAGCCCAAAGGAACAGAAAAGACAGAAAGAUUUCGAAUACUCUGCUUUUGUGACGUACUCGGAGAACGAUUCGAACUUCGCAGAAAUUGAGAUGGUGCAUCACUUAGAGGAAGAAGGGACACUCAAAAUCUGCUUACCAAAUCGAGACUUUAGCCCAAAUGUUCGUACUUAUGGCAGCAUAACCCGUGCUAUUCACAAUAGCAAGAAAAUAAUCUGUAUCGUUACAGAUGCGUUUCUUGAAGACAGAUGGUGUAUGUACCAGUUACAGAUGGCCGAAGAGGACAGGGUACAUCGGGAAGACAGCGACUGCAUCGUUUUCAUUUUCUUUUCACCUCCAUCGGAAGAAGAUAUGAGAGGAGUUGACCGAUCUCUCUUUCUUGUAUCACUCAUUGAGCAGAGAUCGUAUGCGCUAUUUCCAAAAAUUGAAGCGGAGCGCGCCCUAUUCUGGCAAAAGUUGGUUGAUGUUCUUAAAUGACAGUAACUUAUCCCUGAAGUGUAAACUAUUGCAACUUAUUGUUUUCCCUUUACUUACGCUGCAAUGGUUAAAAGACGUACGAAGCACAGACUUAUUGAUAACAAACCCUUACACACCUCCUAAUGACCAUAAAAAUGAAAUAUAUUAUGAUGUAUAUGGCUAAUGAAAUUUAAUGUUUUGAUUAAAUGUACAUGUAUGCAUAGUGCAAUUAUUUGUUGAAGAUACUAUCGAUUUGUUUUCUUUACCAGCGGCAAAUUGAAUCUUUCAGAAGAAUCAGCUUUAUUAGUUAAUAUAUAGUUUAUUAGUGUAUGAGACAUAU